AUGCGGUCUCCUCGCUUCGUUUUGUUCGCUGGGUCUCUCUUCUCAUACGGUGAAGUACGAGCUCAAAGCAUGCCUUUCGACUCUCGGGAGGCAACGGUUAACUCGGUUCAUCACGCCAUUUAUUCUGGUCUAUCAUCGUGUCGGGAAGUGGUAUCGUCGUUCAUCACGCGAAUUGAAACAUAUAACAACCGUACCAAUGCUAUCAUUGCUCUGAAUCCGAAUGCUUUGGCCGCAGCCGACCUGUUGGAUGAUGCCCUCAAAGCUGGCAAUGCGACCGGUCCGUUGUUCUGCGUACCCGUCCUGCUCAAAGACAAUUACGACACUGCAGAUAUACCCACCACUGGUGGAGCUCUAGCUUUGAAAGACUCCCAGCCUACGGAAGACGCACCUAGUGUUGCUGCUUUAAAAGAGGCUGGUGCUAUCAUCUUGGGCAAAGCUAACCUUCACGAGCUUGCUCUUGAAGGGAUCAGUGUUUCAUCGCUUGGGGGCCAAACAAUCAACCCCUACGAUUCUACGAGAACUCCCGGCGGCAGCUCGGGUGGAACCGGCGCAGCGAUAGCUUCAUCCUUUGCCGUCUUUGGGACUGGGACAGAUACUGUGAAUUCACUGCGAAGUCCAGCCUCUGCCAAUUCCCUCUUCAGCAUUCGCCCUACAAGAGGACUGAUCACGCGAACCGGAGUUAUUCCCAUCUCCUACACGCAGGAUGUCGUCGGCCCUAUCGCCCGCACCAUCAAAGACGUAGCCACUGCACUUUCAGUACUGACUACAACAGGCUAUGAUGCAUUGGAUAACGCCACUGCUCUUGUUCCCAGCUCCAGCAGGAAUGUAGAUUAUACUGCUAAUCUCCGGAGCUCCCAACUUCAAGGACUCCGCCUCGGUGUGUUGAACGGUUUUUUCAAUCGCACAGCUUCCGCUGAGACAACGCCCGUCAACAAGGCCAUGGACGCAUACAUGCGCAAACUCUCAGACGCAGGCGCCAUUCUAAUCCCCAUCAAUGAAACCAUCUACGACGCCAAUGCAAUCCUCUCUGCCUACGACGUGCAACGCUUCGAGUACCGGGAGCUAAUGGACGCUUACCUCGAACGCUCCUCGCUCGCAGGCACCCACCCUUCCACCCUUGCCGAACUGUACAGUCGAAAAGCAAGCAACACCAGCGACGGCGAAUUCCUCGUCCUUCCAUCGCAAUACGAAUACGUCAAUACGGCUCUUGUAUCUUCUACAGGCAAUGCGACAUACAUUACCCGUCAACAAGGCAUCAAAAACCUCGCUCUCGCUUUGCAAUCCACUUUCGCCGUCAAUGACCUCGACGCCAUCAUCUACCCCGAGCAGAAAAAUCUCGUAGUAAAGCUUGGCUCGCCGUCUCAAUCUGGACGAAAUGGAAUUCUCGCGGCGCUUACCGGUGUUCCUGUCGUUACAAUCCCGGUGGGAUUUAGCGACGCGACGGAAGAUGCACCAGUUGGUGUGCCAAUCGGCAUGGAGAUUCUCGGCAGGCCGUGGGAAGAGGAGAAGUUGUUGGGGAUUGGAGCUGCAAUGGAACGUAUGGGCAGGGUGAGAAAGGCACCGGCUUGGGCAGGGGAUGUGCUGGAUGUGAAGGUUUAUAAGGAGAUGCCGGUUGUGAGACCGGAUAGGGACAACGUGCCUAGGGAAUAUCCGCUAGGGACUUUGUAA